AUGCCCGGUCCCCUUCCCGCUGGCGGCUUCUCAGAUGACUUGUUCAGCGUGCGCGGCCCACGCGUCGGGUGCAAUCACCCUGGCCGGUCAGCGGACGCAGCUGCUGCGGAGAGCGAGGCUGGCAGCUCCUCAGACAGCGGCGGUUCGGCCCAGCACUUCCACUCCCGGAGCCUUGAAGCAGCGCCCAAGCCAGCAGCCCGGGCCCGCCCCUCCAGUCCGUACAAUGGGCAAAAAGAAGGCAGGAUACGGGCCAACAAGGCGUGGCAGCAUGAGGACCCCGGGGCAGGGCCUGAACGUGCAGGGCAAGUGCCAGCUGGUCUAGUGGACAGAGAUGCCCCGAAUAAGCAAGCAGAUCAAACCCGCAUUGGCCACCAGGCUGGGGGUGCUGCCCGCCUUCCCACGGGGCCCAGGAAACCUGUGGAUGGGCAGGCUCAGCGCUGGCGCAGCGAGAACUUUGAGAGGCCGGUGGACCUGGAGGGCUCCGGGGACGACGACUCCUUCCCAGAUGAUGAACUCGAUGACCUCUACUCGGGGUCCGGCUCGGGCUAUUUCGAGCAGGAGUCGGGCAUUGAGACGGCCAUGCGCUUCAGCCCAGAAGUGGCCCUGGCAGUGUCUACCACGCCUGCUGUGUUGCCCACCACGGACAUCCAGCCUGUGGGCACCCCGUUUGAAGAGCUCCCCUCUGAGCGCCCCACCCAGGAGCCAGCCACCAGCAUCCUGGUGGUGACUGAGGUCCCCGGAGAGCCCAGCCAGAGAGCUACUACCAUGGCCUCCACCGUGGCCCCCACUGCUGCCACAACCACAGGGGCUCCCACUGUGCCCACUACACUGGCCACUGCUACCCCCACCGCCCCUGUGGCACCGCCGUCCACGGCCACUACUGCUGUUGGAAGGACCACCGGUGUGCAGAGGCUUCUGCCCCUUCCGCUGACCACAGCAGCCACGGCUCGGGCCACCACCCCAGCGGCACCCUCACCUCCUACCACUGUGGCCGCCUUGGACACAGAAGCCCCCACGCCCAGGCUGGUCAGCACAGCUACCUCCAGGCCCAGAGCCCUUCCCAGGCCAGUGACCACCCAGGAGCCUGCUGUCUCUGAGAGGAGCACCCUGCCCCUGGGGACCGUGGCCCCUGAACCCACAGAGGUGGCUCAGACCCCAACUCCGGAGUCCUUCCUGACCACGGCCCGGGAUGAACCGGAGGUGCCCGUGAGCGGGGGACCCAGCGGGGACUUUGAGCUGCCCGAGGAGGAGACCACGCAGCCAGACUCAGCCAAUGAGGUGGUGGCCGUGGGAGCACCUGCGGCCAAACCCUCACCUCCGCCUGGGGUGCUGCCCAAAGGUGCUCGCCCAGGCCCUGGCCUCCUGGACAAUGCCAUCGACUCGGGCAGCUCGGCGGCACAGCUGCCUCAGAAGAGCAUCCUGGAGCGGAAGGAGGUGCUCGUAGCUGUGAUUGUGGGCGGGGUGGUGGGCGCCCUGUUCGCCGCCUUCCUGGUCACGCUGCUCAUCUACCGCAUGAAGAAAAAGGACGAGGGCAGCUACACGCUGGAGGAGCCCAAGCAGGCCAGCGUCACCUACCAGAAGCCCGACAAGCAGGAGGAGUUCUAUGCCUAGCAGAGCCGCAGGGCCGCCCAGUCCCCGCUGUGCCCCGCUGGCCUGCGUCCGCGCCUGGCAGGGGCCCGGCUCCAGCUCUUGUCUGCCCUCUCCCAGGCCUGCCCAGGAUGCCGUAGACUUUCCCCAGGGGCUGGGGGCACUGCCAUCUGCCCCAGACUGUGUCCCCCUAAGCUCAUCUCCUGUCCCCCACCAGCUCUGGGCUCCAACCUCUGGCUGUCCAGAAGGAAGAAAGCUCCCCAUUGGCUGGUGGACGAAGGGCUGGGCCUUCAGACAGGCCCGUCCCCUGCCAGCCCCCACCCAGGCUGGCCUCGGCUUCAGCACGGCUCUCGGGCUGCCUUCCGGAGCAAGCGUUUGGCAGAUUCAGCCCAUGGAAUCACCUGGGCACGGCAGCUCCUGCUCCGGGGCUCCUGUCUGCAGAGAGGAUGUCUCCUGCCCUAGCUUAGCUGGGGUCAUGGGCCACCCCCACCCAGUGCUCCCACAGGCUCAGCUCCCCUGAGUCUUCCCCUGAAGAUAUGUCUUCCUGAGGGGGCCCGGCAGCCUCUGGGAAGAUGGGUGCCGGGAUGCCCCUCUUGCUAGAGGACUCUGUACAGCCACCACCCACACUGUCACAACGAGACAGAAUCACACACCAUCCUGGCUGCUCCGCCGCUCUCACACACACUGUCUCCCAGAGAAUCUCAUGCAUUCCCUUUGACCCCCUCAACAAUGACAACCAUGCAGGCCAGCCGUCAGAGCGACACUGUGGCCGCCCUGUCCCUCUCUGCCCUCCCCUCCUGCUGCCAGGCUCACGGGGAGGGCGGACCAAGCCGGGACAAUCAGCCCAUAUUGGGUGACCCAGGCUGUCCCACCCCACGCACCCAUGUUGCUGCCAGCCCUGUGCGGGUUGGACGCAGUCUCACAUGGAUCCAUGCGCUCAGCCCACAUGACCUCCCCCUCCCCCAGGGCCUGGGGUCUGGUGGGGGCGGGGGGAGUUGCCAGAAGCACCCCUCCCCACUCGGCAUUGCACACUGGACUGGGCCCCAAUCUCGCCCCUUCCUGCAUCCCACCCCUUGGGGCCAGCCCCGCACUGGCUGGGAGCCUGGGGGGGUGGGGCUUCUCCAGAGCAGAGGCAGGAUGGCUCUGGGAUGCAGCCCCCACCCACCGUGGAGGGUGGCUAGGCUUUCCGGGUGCAGGGCAUGUGGUCAGGUUCCUGACCUCCCUCUGCUCUGAGCUAGGAGCUGACCCUGCCUCCCAGAACAUCAAGUCUCCAAAGUGCCUGCGGGGCCUGGUCCUGCUGUCUGGCUAGCCUCUCCCCUCGUGGACACCGCCUGCCCACCUGCCCUCCCUCCUGCUGGCCCUGUGAGCCAGCAGUCUGACUUCAGCAAGGUGGCCCCUAGCUGGACCAGCCAUCUGGAGAAGCGACCCCAGGCCCUGGGGACAGGCUGAGACAUCAGAGCAGGGCCCCCAGCCUGCCCCCAGCUGGGCCACCUCACAGGUGGGGGUCCUUUCUGUAGAUAUUUUAAAUGGAGGGUCGCCCCUCCCUCCCAAGGAGGGUGUACUCAGCGGGCACUUGUAGUCCAAGGGAAGUGGUGUGGAUGGUGAUUGGCUGGCGGUCCUCCCCCGCCCCCCAGUCUGACCCAGGCAGGAACCCAGCUUCCCUCUGGCCCCUUCUCCGUUCUCCCUGGCAGCUGGUUUCUGUUGGUUGCAUGGUGAGGAAGGGACUUGUGGGAGGCCUCCCUCUGCCCAUCUGCUCCGGGGGGGGGGUCCCCACUCCUGGGCUGGACCCCCUUUUGUAGACCUGAAGUACCUCUUGGCAGGGCCUGGAGGCUUAUGAAGAACCCAGCCCUUGAGGAGGGAUGGGGGAAGGUGCCUUGGGGCCCAGCACAGUUGAUCUGCCUCUGCUAGGAGGGUUAGGGCAGGAGAGGUGGAGACCCCAAGUCCCUGCCUCCCUCGGCCCUACUGCUUGGGUGGGCUGGUGGUUUGAAGGCCUGGGCAGGCCAAGGCUGAGAAGCCAGGGAGUGUGGAAGAGGGGACCUGAGCACCUGAAAGUUCAGGCGCCUCAUGGGGCCAAGUCCAGCACCACAGGGCCAGCUGGAUCAGGUGGAGUGGCCUGGUCAGCAUACAGACCCCAGUGGGCCGUCCUCCUGCCUCGGGCGCUGAUCUUCAUCGGGCUUUUGGGCUUUGCCUCCUGACACUGGCCUCACCUCUGUGGCCUGAGCAUUUGAAAACGCAGGCUGAACCCUUGUUCCCAGAGCCUUGGACCCGAGACAUGACCAGCCUCUUCUCAUGGAGCCUGGUACCCUCUGCCAGCCCAGUUCGGCAAGCCAUCUGAGGGUGGGGGUUGGGGGAACUCUCCCAGGUGUGGUGUGGACCCUGGAGAUGAUUGGGGGGGUGGAUGGGGGCUGCCCAUAGAGCUCCCGGUCCCUGGUGCUCCCGGGAAGUCCUCUAGGCUACACAUCCUGGGUGUGUGGGUUCUGGGGCAGAAGAACUUAGGGACCCUGGUUGCCUAAGCAGCCAAGGCAAACUUCAGCCUACAGGCCUGGGGACAAGGCCAUUCUAGGGCAGGGGUGGAGGGUGGCCACUCCACCCCGAGGCAUGAUGGCCAGAGCCCAGGGGGCUGGAGGUGUGGGAUCUGAGUCUUAUAAGACCCUCCUUCUUGAGUGCUGGGGCAUCUGGUGGCAAACCAGGGCUGGGCAGGGCUGCCUGUGGGCAGGGGCUGGAGUCUCAGACCAGACCUGGGCUUGGCCAGCCUGACUGUCCAUCUGGGCCUCCAGGAGGAGGGUCUUGAGCGCAGGAGUGGCUGCCUCCCCAGGGUGUGGAUGGGCCCCAGGGCUUGCCUCCCACACCUCCUGUCUGUAAAUAGGUGCCUACCCACCAUGUACAGGCUCAGUCGUCCAUAUUCUACUGGGUUGCCCUCUGAGGGCUGAUGGCCAAGCGUGCUGGGGGUCUGUGUGGCUAAUGCAUGUAAAUACUUCUUGUAGGCAGCGAGGCUCCAGAGAGCCCCUGAGAGUGCUCCCCUCUGUACAGAGCCCCCAAGAACCCUCCCAGGUCGGGUGGGGGAUGAGGUCCUUCCCUCCCCCAGGCCGUCCCUGCCCCUGCCACAUUCCCAUAACCCGUUUAUUAACCAGCCCUGUCCCAAGUCCGUGGCCCAGCAUUUAGUAGGGGAAAGAGGUGUACCGUGGGAAGAGGCCGGAGUGCCCCCAGGGGGCGCGCACCUGUCCCUGCGUGUGAAGGAACUGGUUUCCCCCUUUCCUUUCUGUUGUUCCAUUUUUGGUUCUGUUUUUUAACGCUUCCCGUGCUGUGCCCAUUUAUAAGAGGAAAUAAAAUAAAGCUGAAACAGUG